AUGGCGAACCGCCGGGGAAGGGGGCGGCGUCCUCCUCCCCAGCAGCCUGAGGAGGCGGCGAUGUCUGACUCCGAUGACGAUGACAUUGUCGUUCUUGACCAUGCCCCUGCUCAUUUGCGAGCUCCCCGCCAGCCGACGCCGAUCAUGGUCCUUUCGGACAGCGACUCGGACGACUAUAUCGUGCCCGUUCGCCACCUGAGCGAUACACCGGUUACACCUGCCCGCGGUUCCGGCUCUAGGAAGAGAAGGAGCUCGGUCACUGCUGAGGAGUCCGCAGCAGCCAAGCGUCUUCGCUUCGAGGACAGCCCCGAGGCAGGCCCAUCAAACACCCACACUACGACGCCACCCACCGCUGAGCCCAUUUUACCUAGGGCGGACUACUUGGUUCCGUCGGUCCUUGAGGUCAUUCCAGAUCUUUGUCCUGUUUGGGCGGCGCAGCAGCUUGAAGCUCUGAUUGAAGAGCUACACACGACCUCCAAUGUCCCCGGCCAGCUCGUUGUGCAGCGUACGAUCGAGAUGGCGUUCGAGAUGGACAGCUACCCACGUCCGGGGGACGAUGACGAGCCCGAGGAGAAGGGAAACUACUCCGAGAUUACAUAUCGCCAAGACCACCGUCGUGGGCUCGACAUCCGCGAAGUGUUUGCGACUGAAGGUCACCGACUCUUGGUGCCGACCUACAAUGUUCUCCAUAAACAGAGCACGUCAGCGGACAAGCCUUACCAGGAGCUCAAGCGCAAGCGAUACCAGAAAGGCAAGCAGAGGGCCGAAGCGCCGCCCCUUUCAGAUCCCGCAUCAGAUGGCGACUCGCAGUCGUCGCAGUCGGUGAUCAACCCUGGCGGCGUUGUCGAGUUCAACCGGGAGAAUCAUUAUCUCCAAGAGCUAAUGCAGCUCGAGCAAGUCAGACAGCAAGAGGCGGACGAGGAAGAGCAGAAGAGGAAGGAAGCUGCCAAGGAGGCUGCGGUUGCUCGCGGCGACGCAAUCGAAUGCGGUUGCUGCUUUGACAAGGAGGCUCCGGAGGAAGGCGUUGCGUGCCCUGAUGGCCACCUCUUCUGCAAAGAUUGCCUGCGCUCUCUGGUCGAGAGCAAGCUCGGAGACCAGCAAACGUGCAUGGACAUGUCUGGCUGCACCGCCGAGUACACUGAACGAGUGAUCGCUGCCGCCGUGUCCACCAAGACGAUGUCCCUGUAUCAACGCCUCCGCCAACUGAAGGACCUCGAGAUGGCAGCGAUCGAGGGCUUGGAGACAUGCCCAUUUUGUCCAUUCGCAAUCGUCAUUGACAAUGAGCACGAGAAGCUCUUCCGGUGUCAGAACGAGGAGUGCAAAAAGGUGACUUGCCGCAGCUGCAAGCGACCUCGCUGCGAGGAAGUCGAGGCUGACCUGAAACUGAGCAGCCGCCACGCCAUUGAGGAAGCCAUGUCCGAGGCGCUCGUGCGCAAAUGCCCGCACUGCAGCAAGCCGUACAUCAAGUUGGACGGCUGUAACAAGAUGACGUGCAGUGCAUGCGGUAAGAUGAGCUGCUUCGUGUGUCGCAAGCCCAUCGCAAACUACGAACACUUUGAGGGACAGGGGGCUAGAAGACCCACUGGUACCAAGUGUCCGCUGUACGACGUGAACGAAGCGCGGGUCGAGGCGGAGCGCAUCCGCUUAGCCCGCGACGAAGCGCAGCGUCGUGCAAUUGCCGAAGCGUCAACCAAUGGCGUGGCGGUCGAUGAGGCGGAUCUUGCUGUCGACGCCCCAGAGAUCCCCGCCGCGCGUAGGGGAGCGCCGGUCCACCAGCACUAUCACCAGCCUGCUAUGCUUGUAGCUGGGCUUGGGAAUCGUCUCGAGGCUCUAAACCGCAUGAUGAUUGACGUGAACGGCGCCAUGGGAGUAGCUGGCGCACACAGAGCUAACCAGGAGGCCCUCCGCCGCAACGUGGAGGCCGCGAACGAGCUCCGCCGCCAGCUGCUUAACAUGCCCGCCCUUGCUGCUCGCCCUCCUGCGCCUCCGCAGGGCGGUCGCGGUCGUCGUGGAGCCCAAGCUCCACCUCCUGCACCUGCCCCCGUCCCGGCCCCGGUCGGGGGACGCGGUCGCCGCGCACAUGUGCAUGCGGCCGCUCAACUGCCCCCCUUCCCCGUGGCCCGUCCGCCUACCCCUCCUCCUGCUCCCAUCCGCGGUCAUAUUCACCCUGACGACUUUGUGGCACGCCUUGAGGCUUUCCGCCGCGACUUCCGCCAGAAUGGGGCCGGUCGACACCAUUUGGGACACCAGCCGCCCCCCUACCAGUAA